AUGCAGGCUGUCGAGGUGUCUUCAGUGGGCUCUGCCGCCACCACUGAUGACCCCCUUUUGAGCAAAAAUUCAAUGGCCUUGCCUGAUACCUGUGCUGGAUUACUCUCACGGAUGCAGCUAGGAGAUAUCCCUCGAUCUGCCCUUCCUGCACCUCCUGUUGCCAGUUCCUCUUCAUCUGGCACCGCCGCCAUUCUCACUGCACCGCUGUUCGCUGGUGCUGAUGUCUCCCUCCCCGCACGACAGCUCAACCCGCUACCGCCUUCUCCACCAGCACAGCUAGCUGCCAUCAACCACUCGAUUGCGGAACCGGGAAGGCCUCUGCGUCCUCAACCUGGUCCUGAGUAUUUUGCUGAACUUCACCGGCAAGUUCAGGAAGCAAGCAAGCACCUGCCGCCGGUGGCGCCCGACACCCUUGCCAGCCCCUCCCCUGAUUCAAUGGUCAUUGACAAUGCGCCUCGAACAAUGUUUGCCCAGCACAACACCGACGACGAUGACAAUUACACAGCGGAGGCGGAGGAAUGGGACAGCGAUGAAGAUGAGCCAGACGACGACCAUGAGGAUGAACAAACCAAUCUACCUCCCCCCACUCAUCACACAGUGGAGGAGGCGGAGGAAGACCCAGAACCGGAUUUCGAACAAGGCGCCAAUCGUUUUCUUGUACCGGCCCAUGCUCGCGGUGCCGUCAUUGAACUCAAUUCUACCCCCUCCCCCCCGCCAUCCCCUCCACCCCUCCACCUCAGUCCACGUGAUGUCUUCAGGGACUACAUUCACUACCCCUCCAUCGAUCUGGUGUAUGUGCACGCCUUGUUUGAAGGCCAUACCAUUGAGCAAUGCUUUGGCGUACCUCAUCAUGCCCCCCCACCCCGAGCCGACCCUCUGCCGCCAUUACUAAUUCUGCACAUUAAGCAGGAGGAGAUCAUUUCCUUGCACCGGGUGCUCAUCCGGGACAUCCCGGGUAUUGAAUCAACGCUGGAGCGCUAUGUUACGAACUGCAAUCGGACUAUCAGACGCACCGAAGAGCUGAUGGAGCUCGCCAGCAUCCACAACCGGAAUCUCUUGCAUAUCAAUGCUCGCCUGAUCGGUUCCGUGCAAGACUCCACGACGCCUUGGCUGCCACCACCGAUGCCUCUCCUGCAUCCGGCUCUGGCGCCCCAUCAGCCUCAAACGCCAGUGAUUCUUAGGCCCACAGUAGCGCUCAGCCCUGCAAUGUAUUAUGCAUGCAUCAGCUCACUUAGCUUUGUGGUCCUUGUUCCUGUGCAAUUACCUCUCAGCUGCGGUCAUUGUCCCACCUCAACGGCUUCCCUAUCUGCUGCCGUCUUUGGGCCCCCCAUUCACGACGUUACCUCACUCAAGUCCCUGAACCUCUCCCUCCAGACCUGGUAUGACAUGGUCGCCUCCGGGUCUCCGAAGACCAAGGAAGCGCUCAGCCAAUCACCUGCUUGGGUCGACGUUUGUGACACUGCUUUGGCACAUGUCCGGGCUCUCAAACACGAAGCAGCAGGUGCAGAGAGAAUCCUGACCGUAUCUGCGGUAUGCUGUUGGCAAAAGUGGAUCAACACAGCGAACAAUCUGAAGCCAAACCUGCUCCCAUCUCACAAGUUUACUCUUGGGUACCCUGAAAUUAGUCGAGAGAAAGUGAUUCUUGCUACUUUAGACAAGUCCAAGGAAGAGCGUAUUUUCGGAAUCAAAUUCAAGACUAUGGAGGAGACGGCUAGGGAUACAUUGGAAGACUUUGUGAGGUGUGGGUGGUAG